GAAACGAAUUCGAUUCAGAAUAGAACUGAAUUUGGACCAACACGUAGCAAGUGCUAGCGCGCGAAACGGUGUAUAUAAUUUCGUCUUUUCGUAUACCAUAUGCACGAGUAUAAGUUUUGACGUCGUGUGUAGAACACACACAACAGACCCCGAAUAAGAAGAAAACAAUCUCGCCACUGAGCCCACAUUGUUUUCUUCUCUUCUCUCUGUUUUAUGUUUUGAUUUUGGUUUUGAUUUUAUUUCAAAAACCUCCGACUUCGGUUCAGUUCUUCUUGUCGUUGGCGCUUCUGUUCGAAAGAAAAAAUAAACGUUGGUUCGUUCGCGCGACUCACUUUUGAUUUGAAAACUGUUUUUCGUUUUUUUUUUGUCUCUUGUUUAUCCUGUGUGUUAUCAUUUUUUUAAAAGGAAAAUCAAAGUUGUAAGAAAAAUAAAUAAUCCAAAAAUCGAAAAAAAGUGAAUUGCAUUACAUAAAUGCGUUAAAACUAAUUUUGUGUAUUAAGUUCAUUUGAGUGAAUAAAAUUGGCACGAAGAUAAAUCAGUUUCUUCAUUAAAAAAGUGAACUUGUGAGUUUGUUCGAUUUUGGUGCCGUUGGAAAAAAAAUGUAUUGCAUGUGCUGCAGCGACUGAGUGUUCCAAAGGAAAUUUUCAUACAUUUGUUACUAUACGUUCAUUUUGCUGCUGAAAUAUAAAUGCAAAAUUGAAAAAAGAGCGAAAGAGAAAGAAAAGCAUAGGAAAAAUAGAAAAAAAUUAAAAUAUCUGUGAUACAUAACCAUUUUUUUUAUUCGAUGGAAAUAAUAAUACGUAUAAGAGCAGCUACAUGAAGAGUUUGUCAUAAAUGUGUUGUAUGCCGAAAAGGUUUCAAAUGAAUGAUAGGACAACGAAAAAAGCCGGAAUUUCGCUACUUGUUCAUCGUGUGUGACGGAACAGCCAUUGGAAUAACUUCUGUUUCAACAUCGCAGUAGGAUUAGAACACCGCAUUUUCGAUCUUGCGGAAAAUUUGGCGUUUUUGGGUUUGAAAUUUUGGGCUCAGAGGCUGUGCGGUUCCAAUUUUAAUUUUCUAGACUAACGUCGUCAUUCGGUAGACAGACGAAUCGAUUUGACAACCUCUUCCGGUCUUUGAUUGGAGAAACUAACAAAUGUUUUCACGAUAAACGGACAAUUUUUUGAAACGCCGAUAUUUGUAGCGAUUUGCAGCCAACGAGAGAACCGACAUUGAGCUGGAAAUCGACCGACAAAACAUCGGACUAAUCUAUUUACACCGAUAUAAUAAUUUAAAAAAGAAAUAAAAAUUGAUAGCCAAACGGUACGACGAUCGUCACGAAUAGUGACAUCGAAAAUUCGCAACGAUUCCAAAAAAAUGUCGAGUGAACCAGACUGUACAGCAUCAUCUGGUGGCUCCGGAUUCAUACUCGAGUCCUCGUUGAGCAGCAUCAUCAACCAUCGAAAAAGCUCGAUCACAAAUAAGAUCAAUAACAACAACAACAACAACAACAACAACGAAGACACCGACUGUGACCUAGAAGGCGUCCACAACAAUAACUCAAAUCAUAACAGUGAUAGCAACAACAACAACACAAACAACAACGGCAACAAUACAAAUAGCAUUAAUCAUGUGUCAGCUGCAACGACAACUACUUCAAGCGGCUUGCUGGGCGAUAGUGCAUCGAAUUUGGACGGGAAAUUCAAUACAUUAAAAUGCGAUCGAUGUGAUAACUUUGAAACGAUAUCGCAUGCGCUGUUGUUGGUACACGUGGCUCAGUGUCGAGGCGAUGCAAACAGCGGUUCUAGUCGGCAGCAAUAUCCAAUGGAUGUGACAAACGCAAGCACCGAUAGUGGCAUCACUGAGGAUGCAACACAAUCGGUUAUGGAUAGCACAUCGGUGGCGGCCUCAUCGUCAACCAUCAACAUGAACAGCGACAGUAGCAGUUUGCAGCUGAAGCAAAAUACGGAUGGUAACAAUGGUAAUGUGGCGCAGAGGAAACUAUUUGAAUGUGAUGUUUGUAAUAUGAAAUUUUCGAAUGGAGCCAAUAUGCGAAGGCAUAAAAUGCGACACACCGGCGUCAAGCCGUACGAAUGUCGCGUUUGUCAGAAGCGAUUCUUUCGCAAAGAUCAUCUCGCUGAACAUUUUACAACGCACACAAAAACACUUCCGUAUCAUUGUCCGAUUUGUAAUCGUGGAUUUCAACGGCAAAUCGCAAUGCGAGCCCAUUUCCAAAAUGAACAUGUCGGCCAAAAUGAUCUCGUCAAAACCUGUCCGCUUUGUAAUUAUCGAGCGGGCACCAUGAAAUCGUUGCGAAUUCACUUUUUCAAUCGUCAUGGCAUCGAUCUUGACAAUCCCGGUCCAAAUGCACCAUCGUCGCUUCUACUCGCUUUAGACGCCUCAAAUGCGAGCAGCUAUUUGCCGUCAAUUGCUCUGGCAGCGGCAGCAGCUGCUGCUGCUGCCAACAGCAAUUCAGCACUCUCUCUCGCCAAUAACAACAGUAACAGUGUCGCCGCUUACAGUGAUAGUGGAGACUCGUUACAGGAUUCAUUGCGAUCAGCUGAAAAUGGAACGCCUCCCAUGCAUUUCUUGACACCGCAUGUCGAAAUAUCCAUGGCGGAUAACGAAAACUUCAAAUCGGAGCCCAUUCCAGCGAGCAUAAGUUCAGCACUCGAAAUUCAAGCGUGUCCAUCGACAAUGAACCGACCUUUGAAUGGCGGCUCACCAUCACCGCAUUCGGCUGAUUCCAAUGCGCCAACCAGCUCCCAAUCAUUGAUUAGUAGUGCUUUACAAAGCUCGCGUCAAAGUUUGCUUCAUGAUGGACAAAUCACGCCAUCGAUUAGUCUUAUACCAAUUAAACAGGAGCCCGGUUGUGAUGACUAUGAAAGUAUGUCGAAAUCAUCGCGUCAGUGUGUUGAUCAGCAAUCAUCAUCAAUGCAAAAUAUGAACUCCAUUACAACCAAUUCCGUAGAAUCCAGUGCAGCGUCUUCAUCGAGCCUGACCUCUUUAAUCAAAGUGUCUCCUUUGAAAUCGCUAUUACGUGAAGAUUUGAAAAGGCGAAUAUCGGCGCGGGCAAGCAACCGUGCAUCUCGAAACAAUAACAAUGCCAAUGGAAAUAGCGAAAGCACUAGCAAUGGAACAAACAGUAGCAGCGCAAAUAGUUCGACUACAUCCAGCACAGCCUCAACUCAAAAUACAUCAUCGUCGAUGUCGUUCAGUAAAAUUGGCAGCAGUGCAUCGUCCAUUGCAAAUACGAUGAAUGCAAUCAGCCAACAUUUGUUGUCCAAUUCCUCAAUUACUGUCACUACGGAAUCGACCACAACAUCGUCUGGCUCUUAUAACGGAACAACGUCACGGAGUCCAUUGGCAGCGGUGGCAACAACAUCAAACGGUGCAAUCACAUCGACGGGCACAUCGGAGACCGAACUUUUGUUGGCCGCAGUAUCGAGUGGCCAUCGAGGCAAACGGAUGCUUCAGUGCCUAUUUUGUGGUAUUGAAUUUCCCGAUCAAACCCUCUAUUUCUUGCAUAAAGGUUGUCACAGCGAGAGCAACCCAUGGAAGUGCAAUAUAUGCGGCGAACAAUUGAACAAUGUCUACGAAUUCAAUUCGCAUUUGUUGAGCAAGAGCCAUCAAUAGAAUUGGUUCAGUUCGUUCGUGUCCGCACGAGCGAAUUUAAUAUCCAGAGUAUUAUCGGAACACACAAUCAUCAACCAACUGCUUGCAUAUGAAAUGCAACAAUGAUGAUUCACCUAAAACUAUAGCGCACACACAUCCCAAAAAACGAUUGUUUUUUUUUUGCAUAUAAAAAACAGAGUCAAACGAUCAAAUGGAUUUUAAAUCGAAAUUGAGAAACAUGUUGCGAUAAACGACAAACAAAGAAUUAAAUACUGACAAACGAACGGAGUACGUUCAAAAAUAAUUCCAAACGGAAUUUUUAGAUGCUCUGGCCAAUACGACAAACGAUAGAAACAACAGAAAAUGCUGAACAUAUACAUUCCAGAAAGAAAUAGCAACAACAACAAUAAAAACAACAACAUGAAAAACUCCCAAGAAAUCACCAAUGCAGAUAUUUUUAUUCAUAUAUACACACAUACAAAUAUUUCAUAUAUUUUUUGAAAAAAUAUAGAACAAAAGCAACAACAAA